AGAGUCGACUGAAGAUGCGAUGAAAGCGUCUAUCACAUUUGCCAAAAUUUUCAUGCAGAAAUUUCACAAAUUCAAAACGUUAUUUAGGCAAUUACUUGUCUAUCCCAUUAUUUUGUAAAUGAUGUCAAAGUUGCUAGUGAAAAGUGAACAUGAAAAUAACAGUACCAUAUUGAAUUGUCUACAAACUGUGAUUUCGUCCUUUAUUCCUUCUGCUGGAGUAAUAUGUCUUACACUAAUUUCGAAACAUUAAACUAAAGAUUCUAUUUACUACACAUUGACUUAUUUUGUAAAACUGACUUCUUAUCGUCAAUCAUCUUUAAACAUCAAUGUCAACAAAAUUUGGGCAAUUUAAAAUGAAUAGUCGAACAUAUGAUGGUUGUAAUUACACAGCCUUGAAGGGAAAUGAAUGUGUUAGUACCAUGUGAGAAAAAUCUACUUCUACUAUGAAGAAUCCUCCAAAUCAGACACAGAAUGGAGGAGCAAAAGGUAUGGUUGUUAAAAAUAGAGAUAAUGCCAGCCGUACUCUUUGCUCCUUGAAAAUCAACAAUGGCUUUAUUAACAGUGAUAUGUUUAAGGUAGGUAAACAGCAAUUAGUUUUGCUUAAUGGUGACUCGAUCCGCUGUGACAGCAUUGAAGGUAAUGAAGCUUUAACAUGUAAUGUCACACCAGUUCCCAAUACAAAUAAAAGUAAAGCUUUGUGUGUUCAUAUCAGAGAAAACAAGUGGUAUGAUGCUGGCAAUGUUGUAUCUGUAGGAGUAGCUGGUACUAGCCUCAGUGAUAACUUUAAUAGCGUAUCUUUGGCCUACAAUGAAAGCCCUAAAAAUAUCUAUUCUUUAGAUGAGAUCAGCAUAUCAGAUAAAGAACUUUCGCGUUCUGGAGAAUCUCUGCCAUCUUUAGGCAUACGACUAGAUUUAGAUGGUACUAGAGAAGAUAUUCAUCAGCAUAGUGAAAACAAUAGUCCCAGAGGUAGUUUACCACGUUCUUGUAGUAGUACAGUGUCCUCCUUGAGUGAAUGUUCAGCUGGUUCAAAUGGAGCAGUUAGCGAGGAUGGAAGUGGACAAACAUCACCUGGGAAAUCAUCUAAACUUUGGCCAAUGAUGUUUAACAUGUUUUCUUGGAAAAGUAGCUCUAAAGAUACUGAGCAACCCAGUCCAACGCGAAACUCAGACAGAAUUGGUAGUAGUUUAGCUUUAAUAGAACAAGGCAGACCAGCUAAUCUUCCAGCUAAGAGUAUAGAAGAAGAAGAAAUGCAUCGAAAACAAGUUGAGUCUUUACUUGAAGCCGCUAGAAAACGUGAACGUCGAGAAGAGCGUGAACGCCGACAGCAAAGAGAACAACAAUUGCGUGAGGAAGAACGGCUAGCUGAAGAUUCACAUACAUGGGUAGUUCAAGUGCUGCCAAGAUUUUAUGUUCUAAGAGAUACAAGAAGAGUUAGAGAUCUUUGGUGGCGAGGUCUACCACCUAGUGUUCGAGGACGCGUUUGGCGGUUAGCUAUUGGUAACGGAUUAAAUCUCACAUCACAACUAUACGAGCUUUGUCUUGAGCGUGCUCAGGCACAACCAAGAAAUGAGAGCCUUGCAGCCAUUCGUUUAGAUGUUGCUCGUACAUUUCCAAGCCUAUGUGUCUUCCAAGAAACUGGACCAUUGGCAGAAAACCUGCGAGGUGUAUUGGCUGCAUAUGCACUCUACAGACCUGACAUUGGCUAUGUACAAGGCAUGAGCUUUAUUGGAGCAGUACUGGCUCUCAAUAUGGAUGCAGCUGAAGCCUUUAUCUGUUUUGCUAACUUACUAAAUAGGCCUUGUCAUUUGGCGGCCUUUACAUUAGAUCAACGACAGAUGGGAUUGUAUUAUAAAGCUUACUCAACAGCUCUUGCUCAUCGACUUCCAAAGCUUUAUGCCCAUUUUUUGGCUGCUGGGCUUAGUCCAGAUCUGUAUCUCUUGGAUUGGUUAUACACUGUAUAUGCUAAAGCUAUGCCUCUUGAUAUUGCUUCUCGUGUCUGGGAUAUAUUUUUACGGGAUGGCGACGAAUUUCUUUUUAGAACUGCACUGGGCCUACUGCAUCUUUAUCAAGAUGAGCUUUUAAGGAUGGAUUUUGUAAGGGCAGCUCAAUUUCUCAAUAGAUUACCAGAGAAUAUGCAAUCUGAUGCUCUUUUUAACAGUAUUAAUCAGAUGUCUACUUCGGUAGGCGCAGCUAAUUUUUAUCAGAUGCUUGCACAAUUUGCUACAAGUGUUUGAAAUUUUUCGAUAAUGGUAGUAUUACCUACUGUCAAAUAAAAAAGUAUAUGCACCUUGCUGAUUCAUAAAUUCAUGAAAAUGAGAAUUUUUAUCUUGAUUUAUGAAAAUUCAAUUAAACUGAAAAAUGAUUUCUGUAACAGAAGGAAUUGAUGGGUAAAGUAGUAAUGCUUGAAAUCUAUUAUUCAGUGCUUGAAAAGCUUAUUUUAAUAAUCUGCUAAACAUACUUACUUCAUUACACAUGAUAUUUCAAAAUAUAAUCAAAUGUUGGUAAAAAACAUAUAUGAAUGACUUGCAAUUGUCAUGAAUUAAUGAUUUAAAGAAAUAUUUGUUAUGAAUUUCAAUGUAUUGCAACUAUGUUACAAUUUUCUAAUAUAUUUCUUAUUGAUUAUUGAAUCAAAAUGAAAUAUGAUUCAAUUUACUGUCAACGAAGAGGGAGUUUUAUAAAUACUCAUUUUCAAAAAUAUAUUUUAAUUAAUACUUAGAGCUAAGAAAAGAAAUCUUGCAUUUUAUUAUUUUACAAAAUAACUCAAUUAUAGUAAAAAAUUAAUAUAUCCGAUUCACAAAUGCCAAAGUUUAUAUUUUUAUAUCAACUAAGUUUAAGUUUAAGUUUUUUUAUCUUUAAGUUUUAAUUUGACAUUCUGAAUUCUGAUAACGACUUGUAUGUUAUUUAAUAGUGCUAGUUUCAUACAAAAGUCAAGAGAAGUUUUUUUUCAAUAUAUUCAACAUUUAAUGAGAAAGAAACUAUUAUAAAAAUGAAGACUAUAAAUAUUUAUCAUACUAAUAAUAAAGUGGGAGAUUUUUUUACUGCACAAAGAAUACAAAUAUUUUUAUAUGAGAUAAGAAUGCUCGAAAAUAGUUUGCUUCAGUCGAUCGUUUAGUGCUGUUGUGUAGUAUUGAAAUAAAUAAAAUCAAUACACGUGUUUUGGCUAUGAGCUAAACACAUGUAUGAUAUAUAAUUUUUACCUAAAAUUAUACGAUAAGAUAACUAUAAUUGUCCAAAAAGCAAUGUAAUAUUAAAAGUGUAAAAGAUUGAUAUUUCUUUAACCGAAUAAGUGUAUGAAACAUAUAUACGACAAUGAAAAUGUAUAAAUAUCAUUUUUGUUGCAUAAUUGUACACAGAUCUGCUAAAAUAAAAACCGUCCUUAGUUAAACACAA